AUGAAAAUGGGUAUUGAGUCCCGUUUGAUAGAAAAGAUCCUUGAAAUAAUUGCAAUGGAACCCAUAGCUGAUGAAGAAACUGGACUUGAGCUGAAUGAGGAAAAUAUUGAGAAGGUACUGCAAGAAAUAAGGCUGUAUCUUGGACCAGCUGGUGGGUCGCUUGAACUUGUGGCAAUCGAGGAGUCGAUAGUCAAAAUUUGUAUAACAGGACCACCAGGGGUGAGGACUGUUCGAGUGUCUAUUAUACAAAAACUGCGAGAGAAAAUUCCAUCCAUUGCAGCAGUUCAACUUCUAUAA